AACGGUUUAAACAAACCCUGAAAGUCUGAAACACACCACAAUCGUCUGAGCUCUCAUCGCAUUUUCUAAAAAUCUCCUCCACUUCGUCUUCUGUCUCGAGGGAAAAAAAACAGGAGAGGAUGGCAGCAGAUUCGCACAGCAACAGAGUGGCGGUUAUGGCCACAAACGACGACGCUUCUGCUAGUAAAUUGUCCUGUGUUAAGAAGGGGUACAUGAGAGAUGAUUACGUCAACUUAUUUGUGAGACGACCUGUAAGGCGAUCCCCUAUCAUCAAUCGUGGUUACUUUGCUCGGUGGGCUGCGUUUCGGAAGCUUCUUUUUCAGUUUCUCCAGAGUGAAGCCAAUACUGAUGAAAACAGCUGCACAAAGAAGCAGAUAUUGUCACUUGGAGCUGGCUUCGAUACAACAUAUUUCCAGUUACAGGAUGAAGGGAAGGCCCCACAUUUAUAUGUAGAGCUGGAUUUUAAGGAGGUGACUAGUAAAAAAGCAGCACUCAUUGAAACCUGCAGCCAGUUGAGGGACAAAGUUGGUGCAACCGCAUCUAUUUCACGAGAGAGAGGAGAAGUGCUUGAUGAUCAUUACAAGCUCCUCCCAGUUGAUUUGCGUGACAUACAGAGAUUAGACGAUGUUAUUACUUUGGCUAAUAUGGAUCCUAGCCUGCCAACAUUUAUCAUUGCAGAAUGCGUUUUGAUAUACUUGGAUCCUGAUUCAAGCCGUGCAAUAGUUGGUUGGGCUUCAAAAACAUUUUCUACUGCAAUAUUUUUCCUCUAUGAGCAGAUUCAUCCCGAUGACGCUUUUGGACAGCAAAUGAUCAGAAAUUUGGAGGUUAAAUUUUUCUGAACACUUAUUAUCAGUACUGUUUUUCAACUAAUAGUUAAAUUAUAUUUUACUUCUGGAACUAUAUUCAUUUAAGCCUUUCAUUUUUCGUCUU